AUGGGGGAGACGGAAUGUAAUCUGUUGGAUCGACAGGUUCUGUGGGUUAUUCAAUUAACCCUGUCGAGAUCAGUUGCCCACAAUAUCAUCAAGAAGAGGACUACUAGGACUACUACAGAUCUCAUGACAACUUUAUCAGUUCACAAUUAUGUUGAUGAUUGGAUACUGGAUUCAAUGGGUUCCUUUCAUACAUCUUCCCACCGUGAAUUGAUGCAAAAUUAUAUUGCAGAUAACUUUGGGAAGGUAUAUCUGACUGAUGAAAAAGCUCUAGACGUGUUUGGUUCGAGCGCUUUGGUUGGCCCCCGUAAAACUCGCAAUUUGAUUUCUAAAGCACCGCGGCCCGCACCUAAUGUACCGCGUUCGAGCGUUUCAAAGGGUUUUUACAGUACUUACCCCUCCGCCUCCUCCGCUUUCCCUAGUUCGUGCCUUAACCUUCCUCGAUCGCUUUCCCCAUUUCAUGCCCAAACGUUCCUCGCUCUGAGAAGAGACGUUCCUCACUCUGAGAAGGGGAGAUCUAUAUCUAUCGCGCCCUACUGUCGCGCUCUAAGGAUAUCUAACACUUUCUUCUCUCUUCUCCCAUUCGAUCCGAUCCUUCUGUUAAAAUUCAAAAAUAAGUGGAAUCAGCUCAAAAAAGACUGGAAGUUAUGGAAGGAACUAAAACGAGGAUCCACAGGAUUUGGUUGGGAUCUCAUCAAACGUACUGUAGAUGCUUCAAAAAAAUGGUGGGCUGAGAAACUAGAGGCAGUGCUAAAUGCGAAAAAAUUUAAGGUGUGUGGAAUUGACCCGAAAUUGGAAGACAAAUUGGAUGUUAUGUUUAAGGGUGUGGUAGCUAUGGGGCAUAAUACCUUCAACCCAAGUGAGUUGGGGUUCGAUGGCAUAUCACUUGACUUGACACCUGAUCCACUUAUGGGUUCUGGUCAAGGUCCUAGCAUAAACCCGAGGGAGCUCGAGUCCACAGGCCAAUCAAAGAGGCGUAUGAUGGAGAAAAAGAUACAAAACAAAGAUGUAUUCGUGCAAAGCUCAGUAGACCGACUGAUAGAAGUAUUUGCAGCUCCACAACCUGUUGAACCAGAAGUAGAUGAUCCCCGUGUUGAUCGUUUUAUGAAUCUGUUAGAAGACAUAUUUGAAGUUAUGGCUGAUAACGAUUUCUUUUUAAAAUGUGUUAGGGUGCUUGAAUGCCCAACAAAAAGACAUAUUUUCAAGAGGCUUUGGCCUGAGCUGCACGUGCAAUACUUGCGUCUUUCUAUAAAAAAUUGAUUGUUGUAUUUGUGAACUUUGCUUGAUAUGCCGGCUAUUGUAU